AAAAGACAAUUUUUCAUAAGGCGGUGAAAGCGUUUUAGACGGUGGCCUUGUAAAUGUUGGUAGUCCCGACUGUCAGAUUGUUUAAAACGCCGGAUGUUUGGUUGUGUUAUCUCAACAUCAACAGUUUUGGAAUAAAAACAUAAAACCGUUCCUGAUAAUGACGACGUCCCCUUCCUUUGUUUUAAAAAAGAAUCUCUCCUCAGUUCGUAAGAAGAUGGCAGGCUCCAAAUUUGAGUUGACUGAAGAGCAGAAGAACGAUAUUAAAGAGGCGUUCGAUUUGUUUGAUAAUGAAGGCUCUGGGAAGAUCGACGCCAAAGACCUGAAGGUGGCAAUUAGAGCGUUGGGAUUUGAGCCAAAGAAGGAAGAAAUCAAGAAAAUGAUUGCUGAUAUUGAUACACAGGGAACUGGAAAACUGUCUUUUGAUGAUUUCUUGCAAUUGAUGACCAUGAAAAUGGCCGAAAAGGAUUCGAAAGAGGAGAUCAUGAAGGCGUUUCGCUUGUUUGACGAUGACGAGACCGGAAAAAUCAGUUUUAAGAACCUGAAAAGAGUGGCUAAAGAACUAGGAGAGAAUCUCACAGAUGAAGAAUUGCAAGAAAUGAUUGAUGAAGCAGACAGGGAUGGAGAUGGUGAAAUCAAUCAGGAAGAAUUCUUGCGAAUUAUGAAGAAAACCAGUUUGUACUAAGUUGGAAACAUACCAGGUGAUUUCGUAAAAUGCUAAAAUGACAGCCUUACAAGAAUUAAAUGCACAGUUUCCUGUCCUAUUCGCAAUUUAAUUUGUUUAAAAUGUAUUUGGUUUUGCAUUAAAUUGUAAGGCUAGUCUAGUCGUCUUGCGUGAAUCACCCUGUACCAAUUAAUUGUUUGGAAACGUCUAGUCACCGUUGCACAAAUUGUCAGUAUUGUAAGUAGUCUAAUAUUUGUAACUUCUUAACUCAGUCUUAAUCAUUUUCCAAAUUUUCAUGCAUUAUUUUUAAGAAAAACUCGUAUAUAUUUCUACUAAACCAUCAAAAACAACGUUGAAUUUGACUGUGAUUUUUAACCCUUUUUUUCUAACUCAGAUUUUCCUAAAAACAUCAAUUUUAAAAUCGACUCAUUUUUCUAAAAUAAAUUGUUUUUAGAAAAACCUGUCUGAGAAAAAAAGGGUUAAAAAUAAAAUUCAAGUUGUUUUUGAUGUUUUAGUAGAAAUACGGGUUUUUGUUAAAAAUAAAGCGUAGAAACAUGACAAAGAUGAGUGGGCAAAUAAUCUGAGUUAAAAGGUUACACAUGUUAGACCACCAUUGUAAAAUGUGUGUUGCACGAGAUGCUUUAUUUAAUUUUGAAAAUACAACAUAUAAAAAUAUAAAAUAUAUAUUUUUAAAUAACAUUCCUUCAAAUAAAUCAAUGGAUGAAUUAAA